AUGGCAUCAAUAACCGAGUAUGGCAACCAACCUUCAAUGAAGGAAAACACCAAUCCUGAUCAGAUCCCAAGAAAUAACCAUAAUGAUGUUGAGGGACAAAUAGGGCAAGAACCCAAAGAGGAAAUCGAUUACUUGCAAAGGGCACAGUGGCUUAGAGCAGCUGUCCUUGGAGCCAGCGAUGGGUUGGUCUCCACUGCAUCAUUGAUGAUGGGAGUGGGAGCCGUGAGGACAGACGUAACAUCCAUGAUCAUUUCAGGGUUUGCAGGGAUGGUUGCUGGAGCUUGUAGUAUGGCAAUUGGAGAGUUUGUUUCUGUAUAUUCUCAGAGGGAUAUAGAGGUGUCUCAGAAGAAAAGAAACAGUGAAAAUAGAAUUAAAAAUGGAGAUUUAUCUGAUGAGGAUGAGAGCAACAAAGAUAAAUUGCCGAACCCACUUCAGGCGGCCGGUGUAUCAGCGCUUUCGUUCAUGAUCGGAGCGGCGGUGCCGCUAUUAUCCGCAUCCUUUAUACAGGUUUAUGGGGUGCGGUUAGGGGUGUUGAUUGCAUUGUCGAGCUUGGCGUUGGUGGUUUUUGGAUGGGUUGGUGCAGUCUUGGGGAAGGCACCUGUGAAGAGGUCUUGUUUGAGGGUGUUGAUUGGUGGUUUGUUGGCCAUGGCUAUUACCUAUGGAUUAUCCAGGUUGAUUGGCCUUGCUGGACUCUAA